AUGCUCCAGGCAUACAAUCGCUCAGAUUACCGCGUUAGACGUGGCCAAGAGCCAUUGCGACACGGCAGGUUCACAAGUCCGCAUCUCGUAGAUCGAUGGGACUGCAUCUCCAUCACUUCCAGCGAUGCCGGGGGGCUCAAGCCUGUGACCUCUGAACUAUUCCACGAAGUCGAGAAAUCUGUGUUGACGCGCUGCCAGGAAGAAAACCUGAAGGCUACAGAGUUCGAGCUCUUGACAGCAACAGCAUUCAACAUCUUUAAUCGAAGCAGUCUCGACGUGGCCGUGGUUGAGGUUGGCGUAGGCGGUAGACUGGACUCAACCAACAUUAUUGGGCAACCUGUCGUGGAUGAUACCGGAGACUGCAAGAGCGCCGACAUCACCAGUAUGGAAUGUCGCCCACCACCACUCGUGACCGCCAUUGCGAAGAUAGGCAUGGAUCACCAAGGUCUUCUCGGAGACACCCUUGAAGCGAUUGCACAUGAGAAAGCAGGGAUAAUCAAGCCUGGUGUUCCUGUCGUUUUUGACACCUCAAACGAUCCUCGAGUGCACGAGGUUCUCAAAGCGAUCGCCGCCAAAAAUGCAAGUCCAUUAGUUGACCGCGGCACAAUCAACAUCCCAGACAUGCCUCUACACUGGGCUGUUCAUACUCGCCAAAACAUGGAGGUUGCAUUUCUGGCAACAUGGACGGCGUUGACCUCCUUGGGAAGGGUUCAAUCGCCACCAUCUUCUUCUGACGAAGACUUGAAUGAUAUUCAGGAUCUACAGUCAGCGAUGAUGAACACCGCAGAGCAUACAACAUUUCCGGGCCGACAAGAAUGGAUCGACAUCUGUAGCCUGACUGGACGGAAAGAGCCCGUCUUGCUCGACGGUGCGCACAAUCCGCAGUCUGCCCAGGUCCUUGCCGACAAAGUGCACGAGAUCCGAACGUCUCUAUCCCAAAGCGGAGAGACUCAACAUCGAUGCGACCCAGUGACAUGGGUAGUGGCAAUGUCCGAGGGAAAGCCUCUAAAUGACUUCUGGCAGCCUCUGCUCAAAGCUGGCGAUAACGUGUUUGGUGUCGAGUUCGGACCAGUAGAUGGCAUGCCUUGGGUUCAACCGACUUCUUCCUUGGAUGUAUUGAACUCCGCAAAGGCGGUGGUCCCUGUCUUGGGCCUCACGCAAAGCUACGGACCCGACAUCGUGGGAGCGUUGCAGGCCGCCUGCAUUGCUAGUGAGAAGACGCCCGGUAAGAAUCUUGUCAUCGCUGGGAGUCUGUAUCUUGUUGGAGCCGUUCACCGGCACCUGCGAGAAAGGGUCAGCUGA